GACGCUGCUGUCAGCUGGGCAGGACGUCGCCAAGAUGGUGAUCUUCAGUGUGUAUGUGGUGAACAAGGCUGGAGGUUUAAUCUACCAAUAUGACAACUACGUCCCGAGAGCGGAGGCCGAGAAGACCUUCAGUUAUCCUUUAGACCUGGUGCUCAAGCAUCACGAUGAAAAGGUGGUCGUAUCGUUUGGACAGCGGGACGGAAUCAGAGUGGGCCAUGCGGUGCUGUCCAUCAAUGGAGUUGAUGUCAUUGGCAAAAACACCGCAGACGGAAAGGACACCCUUGAAUAUUUAAAGGACCCCGCAAAUUACCCAGUGUCUAUUCGCUUUGGACGGGCACGCCUGAGCUCCAAUGAGAAGCUGAUGCUGGCCUCUAUGUUCCACUCGUUGUUUGCUAUAGGAUCACAGCUGUCCCCUGAAGUUGGCAGUUCAGGGAUCGAGAUGCUAGAAACAGACGUCUUCAAGCUCCACUGCUUCCAGACUCUGACAGGGAUAAAGUUUAUCGUGCUGGCGGACCCUCGUCAAUCUGGUAUUGACGCGCUAUUGAGGAAGAUUUAUGAGAUCUAUUCAGAUUUUGCCCUCAAGAAUCCCUUUUAUUCUCUGGAGAUGCCAAUCAGGUGUGAACUCUUUGAUCAGAACCUGAAGAGUUCUCUGGAGAUCGCAGAGAAAGCUGGCAACUUUGGAGCAGGAUCUUGAACUAGAUAGGACUAUACAGAGCGUGCUGUAACUUCUGACCUUAACAGAUUCACAGACUUCAUAUGUCUUAAGUUCAGUUGGUUGAAUUUCAUUGUUUCUUUUCCCCAGUUGGUGUCAAACUGGCAAUUAACACAUUGUAAAUACAUCAUCUUUUGUAAAUACUUGAAGAUUAAAUGACAUGCUGUAUGUGAACGUUUCAAAA